AUUUGAUAGAACGCAUUCCGGAAGGAAAAGCGUGUAAAGAGCUCAUUUCUGAAGGGAAAGGAGCGAAUAAAUCAAAUAAAUUAAAUGGUAACAACAUACCAACUAUAACACCACAUGGAAAACAACAUCAAUGUCGUAAAUGUUAUCAACAUUUUGAUACUAGCAAUGGAUUAUUCAAGCAUCUUAGAAAUCAAUGUUAUCCUGACGAAAUAAGACAGCAAAUAAAUAAAUUAACUGAACAUAUUAGCGAUGAUAAACAACGAGAACAAAUUUUAAAAAUUUUAUGGAAAUAUGGAAAAUUAUUUGACAUUAGUGAACCAUCAAAAAUUGAUAUAAUUUUAAAAAAUGCUAUUGAUACUGGUACACACCGUCCUGUUCACACUCCACCAUAUAGAAAAUCAAACAAAGAUCAAGAAACCUUAAGAAAAGAAACAGAUAAAUUAUUAAAAAAUGGAAUUAUUGAACAUUCAACAUCACCAUGGUCUUCACCUGUCGUUUUAGUAAAAAAGAAGGAUGGAACAACAAGAUUUUGCGUCGAUUAUCGUCGCUUAAACCAAAUUACAACAAAAGAUGCUUUUCCAUUACCAAGAAUUGAUGAUAUUUAUGACCAAUUAACAAAAGCAGCAUAUUUUACAAAAUUUGAUUUUAAAGCUGGAUAUUUUCAAGUACCAUUAGACAAAUUAGAUCGACCAAAAACAGCAUUUUCAACUCGAGAUGGACAUUUUCAAUUUCGAGUAUUACCACAAGGUCUUACUAAUGGACCACCAACAUUUCAACGUAUUGUUAAUCAAAUAUUAGGUCCAAACAGAUGGAAACAUGUACUCGCCUAUAUCGAUGAUAUUAUUAUUUACUCACAAAAUUUUAAUGAACAUUUAAAACAUAUUGAAGAAGUGUGUUUAUUAUUACAAGAAGCAAAUUUUAAAUUAAAUGUUGAUAAAUGCGAAGUUGCAAGAACAGAAAUAUUAUUUCUUGGACAUUUAAUUAAAGCAGGUACUAUUAAACCUGAUCCAGAAAACAUUCGUGGUUUAACUGCAACACGUGAACCAACAUCAGCUGAAGAAGCAUUUAGAUUCGUCAAAGCAGCAGAAUAUUACCGAAAAUUUAUUCCAAAAUUUUCCACCAUCGCUGCACCAUUACAUCAAUAUUCUCCAGCAACAGUACAACAACAAAAGAAUAAUAAAAAAUUAAAAUUUGAAUUAUCUGCUGAAGCUAGAACAGCAUUCCACCAACUAAAGAAAAUAUUAACAACCGAUCUUAUUCUCGAUUUACCUGAUGAUACAUUAUUAUUUAAAUUACAAACUGAUGCUUCUGUAGAUGGAAUUGGUGCUGUUCUAUUACAAAUUACUCCCAAUGGUGAUCGACCAUUAGCAUAUAUGUCCAAGAAAUUAACAAAAGCACAAACUAAGUGGCCAACAAUUGAACAAGAAUGUUAUGCAAUAGUACAAGCAAUAGAAAAAUGGGAUAAAUAUCUUCGUGGACAUGAAUUUAUGUUAGAAACUGACCAUGAACCAUUAAUUCAUUUUACAAACAAAGAACAACUAAAUAAAAGAUGUGAACGAUGGCGAUUAAAAUUAGCUGAAUAUCGAUUUAAGGUGAAACAUAUUCAAGGUAAGAAAAAUUAUAUGGCAGAUUAUCUUUCAAGAUCACCAGUCGACAUAGCUGAAGAAGAUAUUGAAGAACGAACUCAGUAUGAAUCAACAUCAACACAAACAGAUUUAUCAUUUUCAUCAUUAAAUGAUAAUUUGAUUCCAUUAAAAAUAACAACAGCAAUUACUAGAGCUCAAGCCAAAUUACAACAACAAGCAACGGCAACACCAUCUAUUAAACCGACGGAUGGAAAAAUUAAUGAGCUCAUCCCACAAGGGAAAGUAGCGACUGAUGAAGAAUUGAUAAUCAAACCAUCAGAUGAAAAUCCAAACAAGAUCAUCCCAUUUGAUAUGGAUGAUUUAAGAAAAUGUCAAGAAGAAGACAAAACAAUUCAAGAAAUAAGAAAGAAUAUUAAGAAUAAAAAACAUUAUUUUAUUGAAGAUGGAAUAUUAUUUAAAAAACAACAACUACCACUUCCACCAGUGCCAUACGUUCCAGUAGGACGAAUACGUGCUGAUAUAUUAAAAAUUUAUCAUGAUACACCUGCUAAUGGAGCUCAUUUUGGCCGUGACAAAACAAUAAGGAAAAUUCAAGAACGUUAUUAUUGGCCGACAAUGAUAGCAGAUAUUAAAAAUCAUUUAAAUUCAUGUUUACCAUGUGCACAAAAUAAUUAUCGCCGUCAAAAAUUACCAGGAAAAUUAAAACCAAUACCACCACCCGAAGGAAUAUGGAAAUUAUUAAGUAUGGAUUUUCAUGGUCCAAUUACUCCAACAUCAAAAAAAGGAAACAGAUAUAUUAUAUCUCUUACAGACGUUUUAUCAAAAUUUGUUAUUGCAAAAGCUGUUCGAGAUUGUUCAGCAGCAACAGCAGCAAAAUUUCUUAUAAACGAUGUUAUAUUAAAAUAUGGCACUCCAACAUGUAUAUUAACCGAUAAUGGUACUCAUUUUACUUCUCAAGUUAUGAACAAAUUAUUUGAAAAUAUUGGAGUCACUCAUCUUUAUUCCACAGUAUAUCAUCCACAAACUAAUGGACAAAUUGAACGAUUUAAUGCUACGAUGGAUGGAAAAAUUGCCGCCUUAUGUAAUGAACGACGCACGGAUUGGGAUGAAGUAUUACAAUUUGUUACAUUUAAUUAUAAUACAUCAAU